AUGACAAAAGUCUUACCGUUAUUCAAAAAUGGCGACAAAUGUGAUCUAAGUAAUUAUCGUCCAAUUUCAAUUAUAUCGGCGGUUGCCAAAGUUUUUGGUAGAACCGUUUAUGACCAAUUUUACUCCUAUCUGACAAGUAACAACUUACUGUCUAACUAUCAGUCAGGGUUUCGAGCAUCAUAUAGUACCGUUACAGCUUUAUUAGAGUCGAGUAAUAACUGGUGCGUAAAUAUUGAUAAGGGUUUGCUUAACGGAGUGAUCUUCAUUGACCUAAAGAAAGCUUUCGAUACAAUUGAUCACGAAAUUCUUAUACGUAAACUCAAGUGUUAUGGUGUGGAUGACAAUGCGCUAUCGUGGUUUAAUUCCUAUUUAAACAAUCGAAACCAGAAAUGCUACGUAAAUGGCAAACUCUCUGGUAGUCGUUCUAUCUCCCAUGGAGUUCCGCAAGGCUCUAUUAUAGGCCCACUUCUGUUUUUGAUCUAUAUCAAUGACUUGCCUAACUGCUUGAACGAGGGUUUACCUAGAAUGUAUGCUGAUGAUACGAUCAUCAGCAUGCAAAGUAAUAAUCUUUCUGAGCUAGAAAAUCUUAUGAAUGCUGAAAUAGCCAAUUUAAACACAUGGCUAGAGGCAAAUAAGUUAA